AUGUCUACAGAGACGCGGUCACACAGAGACACAUCUGCAGUGGGUCGGUUUCCAUCUGUCACUCUCAAAUCUGAGGAAGAAAAGAAAGAUCUAGAAGACAACAAUGCUGAGAAAGAAAAUGCAUGUAGGCAGUGGCUGCGCAAGGUCUGCCCAUGCUGCUGUAACAAGCCAAAGGACGAUGACAUCACAGACACUGUGGUCACAGUGAUUGAUGAUCUAGAAAAGGAAGAAGGGAGAAAUGGCAAGAAGCCUGUGAUCGGUGACAGCCAGCUUGAGGACCUCCUCCUGAAAGUGCGAUCAAUAGACCUGAUGAAAAGCAAAUCAGGGCAGAACCACACAGAGCACUACACAAAUCUCUACCAAAGUGAUAACUUCAUUAUCCGCAGAGGACAGAAUUUCCAGAUGUGGAUCACCCUGUCUCGACCUUAUAACCCCAGCAGUGACAAACUCCACCUUGAACUUAAAACAGGGCCACUGCCAACAGUGUCAAAAGGAACACAUGUCAUCAUCCCUUUAGUCGAGGAGCUGGAGGACCAUCGUUGGGAGGCUACUGUUGUGAAACAGGAUGAUAAAAGGAUACAUCUGUCUGUGAAUUCUCCACCCACGGCGGUCAUCGGCCGAUAUCAACUCACAGUUGAAACAAACUGCACAAAUGGUCGGGCCGUUUCCACACAUGACCCUGCUAAUGAUAUCUACAUGUUGUUUAACCCCUGGUGUGAAGAGGACACAGUGUUCAUGGAUUCUGAAGAGGAGAGGCAGGAGUACGUCCUGAACGAUGUCGGUCGAAUCUACUACGGCACACAGAAUCAAAUUGGAGUUCGAACAUGGAACUACGGACAGUUUGAUAAUGGGAUUCUGGAUGCUUGCCUCUUUGUCCUGGAAAAGAGUGGAACUCCUUCGUCUGGUUGGGGAGACCCGGUUAAUGUGGUACGAGUCAUCUCAGCCAUGAUCAACUCUGUUGAUGACCGUGGAGUCCUGGAGGGAAACUGGUCAGGAGACUAUUCAGGUGGAACUAGUCCAACAGUUUGGAGUGGAAGUGUGGAAAUCCUGAAGAACUACCAUAAAAACAAUGGCACCCCCAUUAAGUAUGGUCAGUGCUGGGUCUUUGCUGGCGUAGUCACUACAGUUUUACGGAGUUUAGGCAUUCCCAGUCGAACUGUGACCAACUUCGAUUCAGCUCAUGACACAGACGUCUCCUUGACAACAGAUGUAUACCUGGAUGAGAACCUGGAGCCAAUAGAGUGCCUCAAUUCUGAUUCUAUCUGGAACUUCCAUGUGUGGAAUGACUGCUGGAUGGCUCGUCCAGACUUGCCUCCAGGCAAUGGAGGCUGGCAAGCUGUCGACGCCACACCUCAGGAGACCAGCCAGGGCACCUACCGCUGUGGCCCAGCUUCUCUCGCUGCUGUCCGCAAUGGUCACGUCUACCUCAAACAUGACUCUGCGUUUUUGUUCGCGGAGGUGAACAGUGAUAAAAUUUACUGGCAGAGGAAGGUAGAUGGGACCUUCGCUAAAAUCUACAGUGAGGAAAAGACUGUGGGCCACUUCAUCAGCACAAAGGCUGUUGGCUCUAAUGAACGCAAUGAUAUCACACACCUUUACAAACACCUCGAAGGCACAGAGGAAGAACGCAUUGCUGUAGAAACAGCAUGUAGCUAUGGCUCCAAAGCAGGGGCCUAUUCCUCUCCCACAGCAAAGGAUAUCUCUAUAGAAGUGACCGUGGAUAAUGAAGGUCUCACAAUGGGAAGAGAUGCAGAGCUGACCAUCGUGUUGCAAAAUAGCAGCUCAGAGCAACGCACGGUCAUCCUGUACAGCCAGGUGGCAGUCAUGUAUUACACCGGCGUCCACAAGGCCACAUGCAGAAAAGACAGUACAGAAAUAGACAUGCUACCCAAAGAGGUAAAAAGAUUGGAGUGGACCCUGGAGUACAAAGACUACAAGGACCAACUGAUAGACCAUGCCAGCUUAAUGCUGACACUGUCAGGCAAGGUCAAGGAAACACAACAGGUCCUGGCCACUCAGUUUGCUUUCCGACUCAGGACCCCAGACCUCAUCAUAAAGCCAAUCGGGAAGGCCGUGGUAGGGGAAAAGAUGGCAGUAGAGAUUUCGUUUACUAACCCACUACCUCAGAAGCUGAAAGCUGUUAUAUUCCACGUGGAAGGACUGGGCCUCCUAACUGCUCGAAAGAUUAAUUACGGAGAUAUUGGCAGCCGUGCCUCCGUGUCUCUGACUGAGCAAUUCGUCCCCACCCUGCCUGGGCCAAGGAAAUUGCUGGCUUCAUUGGACUGCAAGCAGCUCACUCAGGUUCACGGUGUGACCGACAUCACAGUGAAGGACAAAAGCAAUGCUGCUCUAUAGCGAUUCGAAAACAGAGGCACUUUCUCAAUGAAUGUUGACAGUCAUUUCUCCAUAUAGGCAAAGCGCUGUGACGAGAUUCUACAAUAAACAGGCGUAAAAAAAGUGUUUUCCAUUCCUCAGUCCUCAGUAGCUGCAGAGGUUAGACAGGGUGGCAACUUAAAGUUAUGAUAUUUAUUUUCUGUACUUUGAAAUUUGUUGAAGGUUUAA